GUCACAAGCAGGGAGAGGCGGAGGAGAAACGAAGAGAGAGAGCGCCCAACCCUGUACACGGCAACAACACACCGAGAGAGAGACUUUAUUGGUGAAGAAAGAGGAAUAGUCGACGCCGUGGAUAUGAUCUAAAAGAAUAUCCGAAGAGGCAAACAAUACAACUUUCUCCCAAAUAGCAAAUUGAUUCAAAAGGUGGAAAACUGCCAAAAAGAUUACUAUUAUUCAAAUUCACCCACCCGAUCAACCCCCCCCCUCUGCACCCUAGCUACCGAGAUGCACACGGAGACUCGAAGCAAGAAAUGCCAGUCGAGUCCUAAGAAGGCCAGCAGUGGUGCCAGCUCCCAGUCCCAACCACAACCCAAGGAGCCCCAAACCAAGAAGGAGCCCCAAACCAAGAAGGAGCCCCAACCCAAGGGUCCCAAGAAGGAACCCAAGACAGAGCCCCAGACCCAGGUGGAAGAAGAAGACAUGCCCUCAGUACACAUCAAACCAGAACCAGAAGAGGUGGAGUGCACGGCUGAAGUGGGUGAGGAGUGUCCCCAGCCUACAGACCUGAAGAUCAAGACAGAGAAGACCCAGCCUGUGUCUCCCCCUCCCCUCUGCACAGCCACAGACAUGACCAUAGACACAACCGCAACAGACACACAAGAUGACUCCUCCCGCCCCCCGGAGGACCAGACGGAACCUGUCGACCUGUCACUUGGCAAGCCACGCCCCUCCCUGCCCGUUUCUACACCGUCCACCACAGCCAACCCCGCCCCCAGCUCCGUGGCGCCGCCCACGCUGUCGGCAAACCACAUCCCUACGGUAACCAUUCUAGACACCAUGAUGCUCUCUCCCGGGUCCAUCCUAGCAUCCACCCAGGGGGCAGGCGGUCAGCAGAUCCUGCAUGUCAUCCACACCAUCCCGUCGGUCAACAUGCCCAGUAAGAUGGGCCAGCUGCAGACCAUCCCCGUGGUGGUCCAGUCUCUGCCCUUGGUCUACACCACCAUGCCCACGGAUGGGGUGGCCACCGCUGCCAUCACAGUGCCCCUCAUCGGGAGCGACGGGCGCUCUGAGGGAUCCGUGCGUAUCAAGCCUGGCUCGGCAUCCCCAGUGGAGUACCAGAGUGACAGUGAUGUGGAGAGUGGGACAGAGUCAGGUUCAGCAUCCUUCAGUACACCGGGACUGGACACAGGGUCAGGUGUAGACAUGGACAUGCAGGUGGAUCCUGAUUCGCCGGAUAUGAAGAGGCGACGUGUCCAUAUGUGUGACUAUGAUGGCUGUAACAAGGUGUACACCAAGAGCUCACACCUCAAAGCCCACCGCAGGAUACACACAGGAGAGAAGCCGUACCACUGUACAUGGGAGGGAUGUACCUGGAGGUUCGCCCGGUCAGACGAGCUGACUCGACACUUCCGCAAACACACAGGCAUCAAGCCCUUCCGCUGCACCGACUGUGACCGCUCCUUCUCCCGGUCCGACCACCUAGCCCUGCACCGGAGACGCCACGUCAUGAUGUGAACCAUGACCUCUGACCCAUGAUCUUUAAACCCUUCCCCCUACUACCAUCCCCCCCCCUCGGUACUCAAAUGAAACUCAGAUGGGAGGGGCUGAACUGUCACUUCCUGUUCCUGUCUCUUUUCUCUCCUCGUCCUGUAAUUUGAACUGUGGGUCAUCGUGGAGAUGAGGAAAUUAAAGAGGUGGAGAACGCAGAUUGCAAAGUAAAUGAUGAGAGCAGUUCAUUGUUGUUAUUUGGUUGCCUAGUACCUGAAGGGGGAGUCCACCACUCUUCACAGCCACCCUCACCCCAAUGCUUACCUUCUCAUCUCUCCCUCACACCCCCACUCGGUGUGACCAUGGCAUGACGCCAUCCUCCUCUAUGGCUUCCUAUCCAUCCAGAAGACCGAUCGGUGAAGACAAACCAGUGAAGCCUGACUGGGAUACUGCAGAGAGAAAGAGACAGACAGGCUGGACUGAGAGAGAGAGACAGAGAACAGACUUUGAAAUGAUGCAGGGAUACCUAUACCACACACUCAGCUCAGAGGAAGAAGAUGAGGGAGGAAGAGAACGGAGAGGAGGUGAAGGGGGCAGAGAAGGAUAUGUGGCUUUUGUCUUGUUUGUUGAUUUCAGAGGGGAAGAUACUGUAGAUACGUUUACUGUGUUUUCUUUCUCAACUUCUGUGAUCCUGCAUUGCGUGCAUGGGCUCAGCUGUGUGUGUGUGUCUGUGUGUGUGUGUGUGCGCGCAUAGCUUUGAGUGUGUGAGCGUUAGUGAAGUGUGUGCUAUUUAAAGACAGUUGAAGAUGCAUAAAGUCCUCUCCUCCAUAUCCUUUCCUGAGCAGAGUCCGCAGACCCCUCGGGGUGUGUGGGGUAGAACUGUUCUAUUCUGUCUAAUUCAAACCCCCCCCCUCCACUCCCCCAUCCCCUAAAACAGGGAGCUACAAGACUGUGAAUUUUUAUUAAGAUUCUGUUUUCCUCAGUUUCAAUCAGAAAUGAAAUCAUGUUCACUUGCCCCACAUUUUUAACUUGUUUGUUCAGUCAGUAACAGUAUUUGUUGUUUAAAAAAAGGCCUUUUUUCUUCUUCUCCUUCCCCCCUCCUCUUUGCCAGUGAUUGGCUUUUAACAGAAUAGCAUCCAUUUUUUGUCUAUUUCAAAUCCUUAGAUUGUGUUUGAGGCUGUGAAAGUAUAAGAAAAACUAGUUUGAACUCUCGCAGGGAUCUAGGGGAGCUUGUGUGUGUGUUUUGUGCGUGUGUGUGUAUGGAACGAAUAAUCAGAACUGAUGAUUUUAGAAGUGUGUGUUACCUCUUGCCCGUCGGAGCCUUAAUGAAUCAAAGUCAAUCUGAGAAACUCUGGUUUUAGAAACGCGCGUUUGUUUUGGUCUUCAGGGUUACCCAGGAAACGGGGUCUUAUCGCCCUGACGACAGGUCACGAGGCACUCUCUUUUUUGUUACAAGCAUUUCUACCCAGACUCAGAUCAGGGCUUGUAUUUACAGAGUCACAGAGUAUGAUUUCCGAUCUAGGAUCAGGUCUGCCCUUUCCAUAUGAUCUUAUUCAUUAUGAUCUAAAAGGCAAAACUGAUCCUAGAUCAGCAAUUUACUGAUCUUCAUGUCUUAAGCUGGCUGUUUUUAGCUCCUGCUCUCUGGGUUCACUUGAUUAUGCAACUUCCACAGACCUCGCUACUAGCGCUGUACUGGGGUCAGUGGAUAAGUAUGUGUUGCUAGUGGAACAUAUAAAGAGCUCACUCCUUACGCUGUAUUGGGGUCAGUGGAUAAGUAUGUGUUGCAUACAUCUUGCUACUGGGACAUACACAGACUUCGCUCCUUACGCUGUAUUGGGGUGGGUCAGUGGAUAAGUAUGUGUUGCAAGUGGAACAUACAAAGAGCUCACUCCAAAGUGCUGUUAUGGAGUAAGUAGCAACAUACAUCUUGCUACUGGGACAUACACAGAUCUUGCUCCUAAGGGCUGUACUGAAGCCAGUGGCUAAGUACGUGUUGCCACUGGGACGCACAGCUCCUGUGGUACUAGUGCUGAGUGAUUAACUGAAAUGUCGGUUAUUUUACGUUUUUCAAACAACUCAUUGACUAUCAUCAGUUCAAUGAUUUAAAUUCCAUUAUGUUCAGUUUUUUUCAGUGAGCUCAUUGCACAGUUUCUGUACAAGUAAAUCAGAUAUAGACUGAAAUGUUUGAUGUAGGAGGGAGUUGUAGUUUCAAUAGGGCCAAUAUUCUAAAUAGUUUAGCUCAUAAAACGUGAUGAAUAACUGCAAUGACCAUAAUCCAUUGCGCAUCUACUUGUCUGGUCUAUGUUUUCUUUUACGCCAGCUAUGGAAGAGGCCGAAGAAUGCGUGAUCGUGAGAGGAUAUAGAGAGCAGCUGUUGGUUCGCCAGGUAUCUGUACCUGAAAAUACAUGAUCUAAGUGAUUGAUAGGGGGUAUUCAGCAGUCAUAAAGCCUUUAUUUACUUUGAAGAACUACUAAAAUAGUGAUUUUGUCAGACAGCAUAGACAGCAGCUCUAUAGAGAUGAGAUGACUUGGAAUCAAAUACAAAACUACAACUCCCUCCUACAUCAAACAGUUCAGGCUUUAAAGUUAUCAAAUAAAAUAAAUGUAAUAUACACAACAGCUGAAAUAUUUGAUUAAAGUGAUGUGAAUAAAUGGUGGUUAAUAAGUGAUAAGCAGUAAUGGGCAGUCAGUACCAUCAUGGGACUUUUAUUAUUUGUUUUGUUCUGUGUUAUUACAGCAUUCAACCCACAUAAUGCAUAGUGCAUUUAAUGUUUAAAAAUAAUCAAAACCGUGAUUAUAUUUUAAUAAUUGAACCGAAACCGAAACGACCUCAAAAAGUACUAAUCGCUCAGCACUAUGUGGGACAUACAUACUUGAGGACAUGUAAACAAAUUGUUUGGCUCUCUCGCUAGCAGUCGCAGCAGCCAUAAUCAUUUCAAACGCUGGCUAAAUAAAAUAUGAGCGAAUUUAAGAUCCCUUUUCUGUUGACAAUUUAAAAACAAAAUGCAGAUAAUGCUUGUCUGACUCUGAGCCCAGCCUUGGUGUGAGUUGAGUUGAGCGCAUGCCGGAAGCAGCGAGAGAUCUUAUUGGCCCACACAGAGCAAUGCAAUGUUCCUAUGAGUUUCUCUCAUUCUCUGCUUCGACUCCUAACAAUGAUACUAAGCACAUCUUUCUAGAAGAGUAUAUGCAUUUGAUUGCAAAUGGUUUUGUUUUGUAAACUGUUCAUAUUAGAUGUUAAGAACUAUGAGAAUAAUGAAAGAAGAAUACGAAGUGUACAUUCUGUAUAUAAUCAAAAAGCAUAAUAAAUGUAACAGGUGGAGUUCUAUUUUUAACACUGACUAGACAAUGUGAAAAUAUCAUUUGUAUUUUCUUUUCUCCUCUGUUGGAUGGAUUUACAAAUGAAAUGUGUAUAAAAAAAAGUGAAAUUCCUUCUUUACAAAAAAAAUCCCCCAAAAUCGGUCCCUUUUGUGUUGUGCUCACUGUUGUUGCAUGGAGAGUAGCAUUUGUUUUUGUGAAGUUGGUGAGCAUGUCGGUGUGAACAUGGUGCCCUAACCUAACAGUUAUAAUGACCUGCAACAAGCACUGAAAAACCUGAAGAACCGUCUCAACCAUAUCCUUAUCCCAAAUGUCACCCUAUUCCCUAUAUAGUGCAUUACCUUAGGGUUCUGGUCAAAAGUAGUGCACUAUAUAGAGAAAAGGAUGCAAUUUUGGAUGCACCCCAUGCUGAAAAACUGAUAAUAUGUAAUAUCUGUUGUCAUUGGUCAAACCCACCUCACUGCAUAGACAUGGCAAUGUCAGUGAUAUACAAUACACCAACUCAUCCAUAUGAAAUAACAUAAAAUCCUUUUUAAUGGACUCCAUAUACCACAAAGAAAACCAUACAAUAAUACAUCAAUACAAUACACCACGAUAGUGAUGCUCUUUCCAAGAACAUGUAUCUAUGGUUUAGACGUGGCAGCAUACGACUGAAGACUUCAUGACCCUCUGCUCGUUUCUGUACUGUAUCUGAACAAGCACGUUUAUCCACUAUCAGCUAGUCACCCAUCAUUUCUACAAUACGGCACCACAUAAUGCAAGGGUAAAUUGAUUGAUUGUGUGUGUGUGUGUUUGUGUGUGCGAGCGUGAGUGUAUUACUGAGCGUGUGAGUGUGCUUUUUCUUAUCAUUAAUCAAAACUCUUUAAGAAAUCAUAAUUUUAGGUAUUUUUUAUUGAAUGCAGUAAUUUAUGGGCCAGUACUAUAUUACUCAGUGCAAUGCAGUUAUCGUUAUAAUAAUACAAGUCAUUAAUAUUAUUUCUUUUGUAUUUGUACAGAACAAUGUGUAAAGAUCAGUGAGGAAAACGUGAGCUUUUUGAUACUGUGAGAUGUUGUUUCAUUAAGUCAGUUUCCCCCUGUACAGUUGUGAUUUACCCCACUCCUUUUAUAGAAUAAAAUGUUUUUGGUUCAGA